AUGCGACAAUCGUCGUCCUUGGUCAAGGUGGCGGCGCGUGGCCUCGGUUUCCGUCGCCCAGGAACAUUUGUGUGUUGGCAGUGCCGAGCCAUUCAAAUCAGCGCCGCGCCAAGUACAGAUGCAUCCAAGAUGGCGGGAGACGCUUUGGGAGCACCGUUUGACAGCUUCGGAGACAUGGCAGAUGCGCGAUUCGAAGUGCUAGGAUCUCCGUAUUCGAUGCUGUCAGUUACCCUCUCGGCCUCGCAGAAGCUUUAUACGAGGCGGGGCACGCUUGUCGCUGUUGCUGGCAGGCCGGAUAACGCCCAGUCCACCUUGUCCCUCUUGAACCCCCUCACCCGAGCGACCCUUGGAGUUCCUUUUCUGUAUCAGCGAAUAUCAUCGACGACGCCAGUCACAGCACUUAUUUCCACCAGAUCGCCGACGACAUCGUUGUCGGUACUGCACCUCGAUGGGACGACCGACUGGGUAGUUGCGCAGCGCAACGCUCUACUUGCAUGGACCGGGCACACGCUCAGCUUGUCAUUACGCAUCCAACGUGGACUGGGGCUCGCUCACUGGGGCAGCACACAUGUCACUGGGCGAGGACUGGCAGCACUAUCAGCUCCUGGGCAGAUUUACCAACUGACCCUGAGCGAGGGCGAGGAAUUCGUGGCCCAUCCCGGCAGCGUCGUGGCCUACCCUGUGUCGAGGAACGCGCCGCAACCGUUUCGAUUCAAAAGCACAAGCCUGCGACUUCAGGUGCCGUCCUUGACGUCCUGGAUACCGGAGUUCGAGUUGAUGAAGACGGUGCGUGAUUCGAAGACGUACAGGUUCCUGUCGAGGGCCUUGCAUGACUUUAGGACCGUGGCUCGGAGGAGUAUCUGGGGAGACCGACUGUUUCUUCAAUUUAAGGGACCCACAACUAUCCUCAUGUCCAGUCGAGGGGUGCGUGUCGUCGACGCCCUCACCCGUGAGCAAGUCGAGGAGAUUGCCGAUGCGCCAGCGGGUAGCUUGCCAGCUGCGGUUGAGCAAGCAGGCCAACCGAGGACGAUGACGACGAUGACGACGAUGACGACGACGACAGAGGGGAACGAGGCUGGGGCUGGGGUUGCAGGAAAGCUGCACGUGGCUUCAGCGCCAAACGAUGGCAAGGUGACAUUUGACGAUGGAAAAGAGCUAAAGGAGACUGUGCGGUAG